AUGCCGUUUGAGGUUCGCUUUUUCGACGCGAAAGACCUGCUCGAGGGCCUGCACUCUCGCGGCGUGUUCCUGGACAUGCGUCUUGCUUCCAGACCCAGCCAGGUCAAGAUUGUCAUCGAGAACUCUGGGCACCCGAACGGACUGCAUGAUUGGCAGGCGCCUCCCUGCGCUCUGCAGUGGACCACUGCCGAGAUCGUCAUCGACAACAAGAACCUUCGCAUGUAUUCCAUCUACCGCAUCGCCAUUGCCCUGUACAAAUGCGCGAGCUUCAUAGAUGAGAAGAUGCAGAAAGGAGAAGCUUCCGACUGGGACGAGGAGACGGGCACGGUUUCCGAUCCGAGUUGGGGGGCUUUCUUCAAAAAAUCGGAUUUGAAGGCAGUGGUGUCGGACGCGCCAAAGUACUACUGGUUCUCGUCGAGAGAGGAACUGCGUCCGUUGUGGCAUGGAGCGUCGUACGCCCAGGCUUGUGACUUUUUUGCCCUCCGCAACGGCAACAGGCAACUGCCGACCCCUUCGCUAGUGCCGGACGAGUAG